AUGGUGCACGUCGAAGUGAAGAUGGAUGAGUGCUUGAGUGUCAAGGAAGAAUUAUUGGGAGGCGGUGCCAAGCUCUCUCGACCUGUCCGGCACGACGAUGAAUCACGAGAACGGACGGGCUCGGAGGUGGUGCAGGCAAGGCAUCAGCUGGACGCCGUGAAGCCCAAUGGAAGCUCUGAGGAGUUGGUGCAGGCGAGGGAUCAGCUGGACGCCAUGAAGCCCAAUGGAAGCUGUUUGAAGCUUCCUCACUCCGCCGAGGAAGCUGAGGAGACGACGAGAGGCCUGUCCCAUUCAUUGGUGAUCGAGGAGGAGAAUGGAGGAUGUCCGGAUCUUUCUGGGUUCCGACUGGAUCCCCGAGACCAUCAGGUGAAGAAGACCGGGAAGCAAGGGCUGGAGGAGUUGAGGAAGACCAGAGAGGACAACAUGUACCUCGCCAAGCUCGCCAAGCAGGCCGAGCGGUUCGACGAGAUGAGAAAAGCGAUGGACAAAGUCGUCCGAACGGUUCCAUCGUUGUGGGAGCUCGACCUAGAGGAACGCAACUUGUUGAACAUUGCCUAUAAGGACGCUGUCAGCACACGUCGCAGUUCCUGGCGAACGGUGAAUUCCCUGGCGCAGGAGCAAGAGAAGAAGGAAGUCAAGAAUGAGCGUCAUUUAUCCAUUAUAAAAGAUUAUCGAGCGUCGAUAGAAUCGGAGAUUAACGAUAUAUGUGGAAGCAUCCUCCAACUCGUCGACGAGCACAUACUACCCUCGACCACUAGCUCGGAAGUGAAGGUGUUGUUUCUAAAAAUGAAAGGUGAUUAUCAUCGCUACCUUACCGAGUUCAAAACCGGAGAUGAGAUGACGGAAGCGUCCGAUAAAGCUCUGUCUGCAUACAGCUCCGCUAGAGACCUUGCACUCAUCGAACUGUCACCGACCCAUCCGACUCGACUGGCACUGGCUCUUAAUCUCUCGAUCUUCUACUAUGAGAUAAAGCAUUCACCGGAAGAGGCAAUCCAAGAGGCCAGAAAAGCUUUCGAAAGUGCGAUCAAGGAGCUUGAUGUAUUAGAAGAGGAUUCCUACAAGGAAAGCACAACAGUGAUGCAGCAUUUGCGGAGGAAUCUUACACUCUGGUCAUCUGACCUACUGGAGGAUUCCAGGAAAUACACCAAAAAAUCGAGCUCCGUCAGGGCUAAUGGUGACUGCUUGGAGGAAAAGAAAGCAUGA